GAAUUGAGGGAGUGCUAUGGAGUGCCCCUUCGACGCAUUGAGCCAUGCAGACAGUCUCGCAUGCAGAAAGGCAAGCGCUUGAGGCCUUUAAGAGCGAGCAAGCUGCUAUGGCCUGGCUUGCUGAGCAGUCAGAAGUUGCAGCAGCCUUGGAUUUGGCCGAAAGUGGGGAAGAGGAGAAGGCAGUUGUGCAGCUAGCUGAAGCAGUGCAAGAGCUCCUUUUCGCAGGGGAAGACCAGAGGAUAGAGCCAGCUGCAAAGUGCCGACGAGUUGAAGCAGGGGAAGAUGCAUCUCCCGCAGAGGCCUUGCCAACUGGCGCUAAGGAGGCAGAGGUGGCGCCCGCUGCCAGAUGUGUUUGCAUCGUCCUCGCAGGCAUGCGGGGCUCCGGGAAGACCACCCUAUGCAGUGUCUUGCAGAAGGUGAUUGGCGGUGAACACAUCCAUUUUGAUGAGAUCACCAAGACCUGGCCUUCCCAAAGGAGGGCAUUCCAGAGUUCUUUGAAGAAAGCCUUGACCAAAAGUUUAUCAGCUACAAAGAGCGAAAAGCGAUCCAAAGGCCUAUCCGGCACAAGUCCGCAAGAAGUGGCCGAUGAAUCUGAGGAUCCCUUUGCUCCAAAGAAGCUGAGCAACGAGGGGGACAAGCUGGUGUACGUUGACAGGACCCAUUUGCUGUCCAAUCAACGAGUCGACAUCAUUGCGGUUUUGCAAAAGCUGCGCUGGCGACAGCGGCAAUGCAGGACUUUGCUGCUGGAGUUCAAUCACAGCAGUGAUGUUUUCGGUUAUGGCGCUGACGGGCAGCUCUCUAAGAGAUUCAGUCAAAAUCAUAUCACUUUGUGUGCUGAGCGGAUCGAAGCGCGCAGAAGUGCACAUCCCGUACUUCGCCCCUCAGCGAAGCUCCAGGGUGUCCUCCGGAAGGAGGCGAAAGCUGCAGAACCUCCAAGCCCUGCAGAGUUGCGGAACUUCGAUGCGCGGCUUUCCCUAGAGGUUGCUGAUAGUCCUGUGCAGCAGGCAUUGGUGGUGGUCAAGGAAUUGCAGAGACUUGGCUGGCUGACAACAGUUUUCGAUUCUGACGCGCUAUCUUUACAGGUCGAGCUGGCUUGGCAGGUUUAUGCCCGUGCUCAAGAUGCUUUGAGACAGGGCACGCAUCGCACGCAUGGCACGCAUGGCACAGUGCCUGACAAUGAAAAACACGAGCGCCGCGAGUGGUUAGCUCAAUGCAGACAAGCUGCAGAAGAGAAAGCCGCAGCGCAGGCAGCCGCAGAAGCAAAACGCGUUGGCAAGGCAGUUUGCUGGAGAUUUGAUCUUCCUGAGGUGAAGCAGGUUUUGCUGCAGCGUGGUAGUCUCCCCGCAUGUUUCGACAUAAGAGCAGACACUGUUGUGGAACUCUUGAAGCUUCCAGCAGAUGGGGACAUGGAACGCACAGCCAAGGAGCAAGGCCUUGAAGUUGACGCCCUUGAAGCUAUGACAGAUGCUUUGGAGGCCCUUCAGGGUGAAACCUUUGAAGUGCGAAUGACCAAAAUCGUGAUUUCCGAGACGAUGGCAUGUGCUUUGGUGGCCUUGCCGCCAGUGGUGCCGCAUGUGGGCAAGGUACCUCACGUGAUUCUUGGCAGUCGGCAAGGGGUCCCUCUUGCAUCUGUGGAGGACCUCUUGAAGCAGGCUGAGGCUCUGCAAAAUCUUUAUAAAUAUUUUUAUAUUUUAUAUCAAAUAAAUGAAGUUGGCCAACACAUCAUCAUCAUCAUCAUCGUCGUCGUCGUCGUCGUCGCGUUGUAGGCGUUGCGGCGGUCGUCGUCGGCGGCGGCGUCGUCGGCGUCGGCGUCGGCGUCGCGUCGUCGGCGUCGUCGCGUCGGCGUCGUCGCGUCGGCGUCGUCGGCGUCGUCGGCGUUGUAGGCGUUGGCGGUCGCGGCGGCGUCGGCGGCGGCGUUGGCGGCGGCAUCGGCGGCGUCGUCGAUCUCCGUCGUCUCCGUCCUCUCCGUCCUCUCAGUCAUCUCCGUCCGUCCGUCGGUCCGUCCGUCCGUCGGUCGGUCGGUCGUCCGGAUGGUCGUCGUCGUCCGUCAUCCGUCAUCUAUCAAAACAAUUCAAAACAUAUCAGAAUUUUCAGAAUGACUCAAAACUUGUUAGGUUUCAAAGAGCUUCAGUCAAACAGGCCAAAGGAAGCUCAGUGACCUGCGUAGAUCUUCCGGGUUCGAGGCCAUUGUUAGGCCGCCUGAUUCGUGCGAGCUGACGCAGUGCUUGCACGGCUGUCAUGUGCUACCGCAAAACAAG